GGACGCCGUGGUGUCGCGGCGGGACUUCUUGGAGUCCUACGACGAGCCUUGGGUGUCCUGUGUGAAGGCGAAGGCUCUUGGAGUGAUGUGCGCCUAUAACCAGGCGCGGCUGCUGGCGCGGCUGCUGGCGUGGAAAUGGGGUGUGGAAAGCGCA